AUGUUUGAUGCUGACACUGGUCCUCCACGACUCGAAGAAGAUGAAAUACUGGAUGAAACGGCGGGCUUAUCCCCUUCUAGAGUUGCUGAGAUCAAAGAGGAACAGGAGGCUAAAGCGCAUGCUCAACUUCUUACUCUGAUAGGGGACUUACCAGCUGUUGAUGCAAAGCCUCCGACUAAUGUUCUAUUUAUUUGCCGCCUUAAUCCUAUCACUACUGCUGAAGAUCUAGAAAUCAUUUUCAGUCGCUUUGGGGAAAUACUUUCAUGUGAAAUUAUUCGUGAUAGGCGAACUGGAGCUUCCUUACAAUAUGCCUUCAUUGAAUUCGAACGAGAUGAUGAUUGCGAGACUGCUUAUUUUAAAAUGGAUAAUACAGUCAUAGAUGACAGGCGCAUUCAUGUCGAUUUUAGUCAAUCUGUUGCCCGGGAGUGGUAUCAGUACAAGAAAUCUGGUCUGUUUGAUAAUUCUUUUCUUCUCCAAGGUCUAACUCACCGACGCAAUCCGCACGGCAGGCAAUUUCACGACUACGAUUGUUCAUCUUCAUUCAAAGAUGUCCAAAAGGAAUGCACAAGCAAGCCUGCUGAUACCAAAGUUAAAAUUGUGGAGCCCCAAUCUGAACCUCAGAGCGAAAGCAUUCAAGGUGAAAUUGCUUCACGGCAAGAGCCAAAGAAUAUUGAAAGAAAGUCUCCUGAUGAUGGGCGAGGAGGCGAGUUCGAGUAUCUUAUCUCUGACAGUGAAGAGGAGUCUGGAGGUCACUCGAAAUCGGGAAAAAAGAGCAAAGUGCAUAAAUCACAUCAUGAAAAAAAAGGUGAGCAUUUUAACAUUGUUAAAUAUUUACAUCUAUGA